ACGGCAAACUGUCAUAUGACUAACCUUGGUAUUAAAUAAAAAUACCUUUUCCACCCAAACGCACGCCAACCGGUGCCCCGAGUUGAUCCAGCGAGGCGACGCGACGCCUUCAUCCUUCGCCCCGUCUCCUUCGAGUUUUAAUUCUCCUCUAGUGUAAUCCCCAUUGGAGUUUCAAAGUCGAUUGGGGAUUGGGUUGCAGGAGCACUCAAACGGAUUCCGAGCGAGAAGAUGGGGGAUCAUGUGGUGUUGCACGUUGAUCGGCUGAAGACAACGCAGACAAUUAAUACGAUGAGUGGAAGAGAGGCUUCUGCCUCUAACUUUUCUUCCGUCCUGGUUGCGGAGUCUAGCAAGGAGGAAGGUGAGGAAGAGGAGCCUCUGAUUCAGAUGGUGGACUGCCGUAUAUGCCAGGAGGAGGACUAUGCAAAGAACUUGGAGGUCCCUUGCGCCUGCUGUGGCAGUCUGAAGUUUGCUCAUAGGGCAUGUGUGCAGCGAUGGUGCAAUGAGAAGGGUGAUAUAAUCUGUGAGAUCUGCCAUGAGCAAUAUAAACCUGGGUAUACUUGUCCACCACAAGUGCAACCUGAUGAGUCCACAAUUGAUAUCAAUGGUGGCUGGUUAAUUACUGGUUCUGCUUUGGAUUUGCAUGACCAUCAAGUGUUAGCGAUGGCAGCGGCACACCAUCACCUUAUUGAAGCUGAAUAUGAUGGAUAUGUUUCUAAUGACAGUGGUGGUGUUUUUUGUCGUUCUGUUGCUUUAAUAUUGAUGGCUCUUUUGUUGUUGAGGCAUGCAAUGAUCAUCACUAGUACAGAUGGUAAUGAAGAUGAACAUGAUGUCGAAGAUGCUUCCACAUACUUAUCACUUUUUCUGUUACGAGCCGUUGGAUUUCUGUUGCCAUGCUACAUUAUGGCUUGGGUCAUAACCAUCUUACAACGCCGAAGGGAAAGACAGGAAGCAGCAGCUGCCUUAGAAGGAACUGGAGUGGCAUUCAUACUACAAUCUGACCCACAGAGGGGCUCGCCCUUCGCACUAGCUCCAGAUUCACCAGCCACUCCCCAACAAGAGCCAUAACCAUAACCGUUGUUCGCAAAAACCUGUUCAUUGAACUUGUGUUUGUUUGCAGAUGAAUUCUUCUUGUUCACUGGUGACCAUUGGGGGCGAUGGCUAUAAACUACGACAGCAUUGACAAGCUAACUGGAAAUGCUUCUGUUUUUAUUUCAUGCAUCUGUAGAUCUCACUUGCAAUUAAUGUUCCCUCUCUUUUGAUGCA